AUGGCGGACCGUUAUUCAUUCUCUCUAACCACUUUCUCCCCCAGUGGAAAGCUGGUCCAGAUUGAAUAUGCCUUGAAUGCUGUAAACCAGGGUGUCACUGCCCUGGGCAUCAAAGCCACGAAUGGAGUCGUUCUUGCUACGGAGAAGAAGUCUUCCUCACCUCUGAUUGAUAACCCUUCCCUCUCCAAGAUCUCUCUCAUCACUCCAGAUAUUGGCAUGGUCUACGCCGGCAUGGGUCCGGAUUACCGUGUUCUUGUUGAUAAGGCGCGCAAGGUCUCUCAUACGGGCUACAAGCGCAUUUACAACGAGUACCCCCCUACCCGAAUACUGGUGCAGGACGUUGCCCGCGUUGUUCAGGAGGCGACACAGUCCGGUGGUGUUCGGCCCUACGGAGUCAGCUUGCUCAUUGCUGGCUGGGAUGAGGGCGUUGAGCCACAGACGGAUGAAUCGAAGCAAGGAGAGACUGGAUCCGAGACUAGGAAAGUUACGGGGAAGACAGGCGGUAUCCUGAAGGGUGGUCCUAGCCUGUAUCAGGUGGACCCCAGCGGAAGCUACUUUCCCUGGAAAGCUACAGCCAUUGGGAAGAGUGCGACGAGCGCUAAGACUUUCCUGGAGAAGCGAUACACGGAAAACCUGGAGCUUGAAGAUGCGAUCCAUAUCGCUCUUUUGACUUUGAAAGAGACCAUUGAGGGUGAAAUGAACGGGGAUACUGUCGAAAUUGGUAGGGCCCACAAUCCCGCUUCACCUGGUUCUGUUAAGGUAUUAAUGAUUUGUUUAGGUAUUGUUGGACCGCCGGCGGACCACUUGUUAGGUUACAAGGGUGUCGAAGGAGCCCGGGGGCCGAGAUUCAGGAAGCUGAGUAAAGAGGAGAUUGAAGAUUACUUGACCAAUCUAUGA